AUGAAUUUCGUAAGUCAUAUGUCAUCCUUUUCAAGCCCAUUUUCUACACCUAGUUACAAUUCUACAAUCAAUCCUGGCGUAAAUCAUUGCGGAUAUCCAGAUCAUCAUCGUUUUAAUCCCGAACAAAAUUCUGAAACACUCCACUUUAACUCUUACAGCGCUAUUAUAUCAUGGAUUACAAUUGGAAUUUAUAUCUGGAGUUUAAUUUCGAAUUCAAUGAUUGCCGCAACAAUCUUAGCGCGAAAGCAGCUACACUCAUUAUCAUUUUAUCAAAUUCUUAAUAUUUCAUUAACUGGUAUCGUUUUUAAUUUGUCGGCUCUAUCGACUGAAUUUAUUAAUUACCUCGUCCUCUCCGUACAUCGUACAACUUUCACACCGCUUUCCAUUUUGCCGGGAAAUUUAACGCAACAAACAUUUCCUAAUACUAGCUACGCUGUAUUACACUCCAAUACAAUAUUUUCUGCAAAUAAUGAAGAUCAUAUAAAGUAUUCCAGUUUUCCAGUAUGUCAAAUGCUGAUCGGAAUCAUUUUUACGAGUAUCAAUGCGGGCACAUUUAUCCUAGUAGCUAUUGGUAUACACCAUUAUUUUGCUGUUUAUAGAAGUGUUCGUCAAAAUAUCAGUACAAAGCGAUAUAUCUUGAUAACGGUUGCUAUUUGGCUUUUUGCUACAGGAUUUUGUAUCCCUUACGCAUGGCUGACCAUUAAAACUUACUACAAUACGUCAACUAGCCGUAUUUGUGCUUUUACUAGCUCUAAUAGAAGUCAGCUUAUUCUUGCUUAUACUAUUGUUUUUAUUGCUAUUACGUCUCUCUUUCCUUACGUAGUUAUGUGCGUAUGUUAUUCCAUUGUCAUUUAUAAACUUUACUAUGGUGUCCAAAUACGUCUACGAAAGCCCAAUUUUUUCUGGAACGUCAGUAAUUCUGAACAUGACUACCAAUAUGAUCGUAAAGUAAAAGCAGGCAUUCGUCUAAUAAUUAUUAUAACGUUACUGUAUAUGUUGUGCUUGUCACCGUAUUCCGUUGGGCUAGUUCUUGCUGCAGCCACUCACUUUCAUCCGACUUCUUCCUUUACAAGUAGAAAUGGUAAUAUUACUGCUUUUAUUCCAUUCGAUAAUACUGAAAGUGAAAAUGUAUCAGUAAUUUAUGGCACAAAUAUUGGUAUUUUAUUUGGUAUCGCCAUCGUUUGUUUGUCUGUCUUAUUUGCUUUCACUCCAGUUGCUUACCUUAUUUGUAAUCAAAGAUUACAAAAAGAAUUUAUUCACGGUCUAUUAUGCCGUUCAUAUAUACAACAGCGUAGAAAUAAAGUGACUGCUUUUAGUAUUAGGAGCAGACAAAAUCCUAAAGUAGGUCCAUGA